UCGCAUUUCAGAGGAAGAGACAAAAAGAUAAUACGAUUUGGACUGAAUAUUGGUCAUCUACUUUAAGUCUGUGAUGCUUAGAUAUUUAACUGCACAGGGCUAAGAGUGCUGCAUUUACAAACAAAUACACUCAAAUGAGGCCCCAAUCAAUGGAGGUUGAUCUUUAACCAAAUGCUGUGCGAUUGCCAAUCUUUGACUCUCAGGAAUUCUGCCAUCCACACUCAGUCGCUCUUUUUUUUGGUCAAGACGCCAGCUUUUUUUUUUUUUUUUUUAAAUACACUAAUCAUAAGUCUGAGCAAGAGGCGACGGCCUGACAUAAUCUAACCCUUUUACAGCUAUAUUACAUGAGGACAUGGACAUUCGCUUGACACUCAUCUUCAUUUGUCUCUACAACCAAGGAGUGACUAAUGCUCAGUUGGCAGAACAAGCGUCGACCCAAUUGCCGCCUUGGAUACCCCAAGUUCCCAACCAAGAGAUAAACGAAGGCACGCCAAGUCCAGGAUUGGAAACCGCCAGUCCGCCGCUGUCCAUGGCGACGAGUGCACCUGUUGAGGGGGGCUCAUCUGAAGAGGAUGAGGGCUGCGCAGCUAUUGCCCGGAACGCCGAGGCCAAGGAAGCCUUCGCCGCCGCUGUCCAAAAGCUGGGCGUGCAGCUGUUAGAAAACCUCAAAACGACACCCGAGAAUCCCAAUAUCAUUAUAUCACCUUUUAGCAUCGUUUUGGCUCUCUCCCAGCUCGCCCUAGGUGCUGUUAAUGAGACCGAGGAGCUGCUGAUGCAACAUCUCCAAGGCAACACCAUCACAUGCUACCAUCAUUCUGUCAAUCACAUCAUGGGGCAACUCGGAAAGAGUGACCUGAAAAUCGCCACACGCAUCUUCCUGCGUCAAGGCUUUAGGCCAAAGGAGGACUUCCUUCAGGAGUCCAAGCGCCUGUACGACUCGGAACCGGCUGUCUUGGAGAGCGUGAAGCAGCUCAACGACUGGGUAGAGAAUGCCACAAAUGGGCAGAUAACUGACUUCAUGUCAGAAGUGCCGCCCAACAUGCUACUUAUGCUCAUCAAUGCUGUCCACUUCAAAGGUGAAUGGAAGACUCUCUUCGACCCACGCCAUACCACCACGGGCGCGUUCUUCCUUGACGAUAAGAAUAUGGUCAACGUUGAGGUGAUGGAAGAUUCCAAACAUCCUCUACGUUUAUUUGGUGACAGUGAACUCGAGUCACAGGUAGCAAGCUUCCCUUUCGUGAAGGGGAUAAGUUUUUUAGUAAUCAUGCCCAGGUCCGGACAUGUGAACGUGUCCUCGCUCGUUCCUAAGCUGAAUAUUUCCAGCAUUUAUGAUCGUCUGCCCAAUGAAAGGGCCGUUCACGUUAAAAUUCCCAAAUUCAAACUUGAGUACUCUCAGCAGCUGCAGGAGGCCUUCACCAAAAUAGGCCUCGGAGAUGUGUUUUCCAGUCCCAAUCUGGCAGACAUAGCUGAUGGUCCCCUGCAGGUGUCCAGCGUCAUGCACAAAUCUGCCAUGGAAAUCAAUGAGGAAGGAGCCGAGGCUUCUGCUGCCACCGCUGUGGUUAUCUCCCGCGCGUCCAACCCCGUGUUCUACCUGAGCCACCCUUUCUUCUUCGCGCUCGUGGACGAUGCAACACGAGUACCAAUCUUCAUGGGCGUCAUCAACAACCCUAAUCCUGGUGCGCAGGUUUUGCCGAGAGCAAAAUCCAAAAGUAUGGAUAAAGACAUGUUGCAAAACGAUAAGAAUCAAGUAGGUGAGGUGGGAGGCCCACCUAAGUAGGGACUAUCAAUUUGUGCAGCUGUUAUUUAGGGGGAACAAAACACAGAACAACAAGACCAUCGGAAUUGUACAAGAUGAGUGUACAAUAUGAAGUAGCUUGAUUAAAAUGUUUAAAGUGUCA